CGAAUCUUCACCCUUCCCUUCCUGGUUGCUGCAACCACCACCACCAUGGCCUCCGAAACGCCUCAGAAGAUCGCCAUUCUGUCGGUCUACGACAAAACCGGCCUCCUCGAUCUCGCCAAAGGCCUGAUCAAGCAGAACAUCCGACUGCUGGCCUCUGGCGGCACUGCCAAAUUGAUCCGCGAGGGAGGAUUCCCAGUCGAAGAUGUCUCCGCAAUUACAAAGGCACCCGAGAUGCUCUCCGGCAGAGUCAAGACCCUCCAUCCUGCUGUCCACGCCGGUAUCUUGGCUCGGGAUCUCGCCUCAGACGAAAAGGAUCUCGCAGAGCAAAACAUCAACAAGGUCGACUAUGUCAUCUGCAAUCUAUACCCGUUCAAGGACACCGUGGCCAAGAUCAAUGUCACCAUCCCCGAGGCCGUCGAGGAGAUUGACAUUGGCGGUGUGACCCUCAUUCGAGCAGCCGCGAAGAACCACGGCCGUGUCACUAUUCUGAGCGACCCUGCCGACUAUCACGACUUUCUCCAGGAGCUCUCCAAUGGGGAAGUUACGGAGAAGCAACGACAACUCUACGCCCUCAAGGCCUUCACGCAUACCGCAGACUAUGAUACUGCCAUCUCAGAUUUCUUCCGCAAGAAGUAUGCUGGAGAAGGUCACCAGCAACUAUCUCUACGCUACGGUACCAACCCUCACCAGAAGCCGGCUUCUGCCUUCACGCCCAACUCGCCUCUCCCGUUCAAGGUUCUGUCUGGCUCGCCAGGUUAUAUCAACCUCCUCGAUGCGCUGAACGCAUGGCCGCUUGUCAAAGAGCUCGAUGAGGCACUCGGCUACCCAGCUGCUGCCUCGUUCAAGCACGUCUCACCAGCUGGAGCUGCCAUUGGUGUUCCACUCAGCGACGUGGAGAAGAAGGUAUACAUGGUUGAGGACAUUGAAGGUAUCGACGCAUCAGGCCUUGCACAAGCCUACGCUCGUGCUCGUGGUGCAGACCGCAUGUCCAGCUUCGGAGAUGUCAUCGCUCUGUCACGCGAGGUCGACGUAGCCACAGCCAAGAUAAUUGGAAAGGAAGUCAGUGAUGGAGUCAUUGCUCCAAGCUACCAACCCGAAGCACUUGAGAUCUUGAGCAAGAAGAAGGGUGGCAAAUACCUCGUGCUCCAGAUGGAUCCAACCUACGUCCCACCAUCACAAGAACAACGCACUCUGUACGGCGUCAAUCUCACUCAGCACCGCAAUGAUGCUCUCAUUUCACCACAGCACACGUUCAACAACGUCAUUGUGCCGAAGGAAUCGAAGCCACUGCCAGAAUCAGCACUUCGGGAUCUUACAGUAGCAACCAUUGCGUUGAAGUUCACGCAAUCAAACUCCGUAUGCUACUCGCUCAACGGCCAAGUCAUCGGUCUCGGUGCCGGACAACAGUCCCGCAUCCACUGCACACGUCUCGCCGGCGACAAAGCCGACAACUGGUGGAUGCGAUUCCACGAGCGUGUGCUGGCUAUCAAAUGGAAGAAGGGCACUAAACGUGCUGACAAGUCCAACGCCAUUGACUUGUUGACUUCGGGUAUCGUACCCGACAGUGGCAUUGAGCGCGAAGCAUGGGAGAAGAACUUUGAGGAAGUCCCGACACCUUUCACUCUGGAGGAGAGAAAAUCAUGGCUGAGCAAGCUCAGUGAGGUUGCUGUGAGCAGCGACGCCUUCUUUCCCUUCACCGACAACAUCUUCCGUGUAGGUCGCAGUGGGGUCAAGUAUAUUGCCGCGCCUACUGGCAGUCAGAACGACCAGGCUUGCUUUUCGACUGCUGAGCAGUUGGAUAUUACAUUUGUUGAGCAGCAUGUCCGACUUUUCCACCACUAGAGGAAGGCAUGAAACGCGAUAUACAUGUGUUGCCGAAGGGGAGGAGGACAAACGUCAUGAAUCUUAUGGCAAUGAACUCUUGGAGAUACCAGCUUGCUUUACAACACACGAGAUGCGUGAGCAACAUCACAAGCGAAGGUCCUGAAAUCACGACGUGUAGCAUGGCAAAGUGCGCGUUUGGCUCGCGAACAUUAUAUAUGACUCAGUAAAGAUAUCAUGUCUACAAAACUCUCCUAUAACGACACAAAC